GUAGACUCCUUUUUGAAACACGUGUUGCAAACAGGAGAUGAUAAACCUGGGUUGUUUGGAAAAACGAAAACUUACUAUGGUACAGUUGAAUCUCAAGGACGACUUACGUUGCAUCUGCAUCUUCUACUGUGGAUUGAGGGUACUUUGUCACCACACGAAGUGCGCGAACGCGUCCUUGCCUCUGCUGAGUUUCGCAAGGAUUUUAUCGAUUAUCUUGAGUCAAUGCAUCAAGGGGAGUUUUGUCACGGAGAUCUUGAUAGUGUGUCUUCGCGAAGGGAUGAGCUUAACGAUGCCGGCGUGGGAGACCCCACUGAGCGAAUCCCUCACUUCUCACUGCACUUGGAAACUGCCGAACAGAAGGCUGCUUACUUUAAGACGGUCUGCGAUGAAGUCGACCAGCUCAUUUUGCGAUCUAAUAAACAUCGUGAGCAGCACGACAAAGGGUGUUUGCGUCAGUAUAACGGCCAGGUAUAUUGUCGUUCGCGCUUUCCGCGAGAGAUUCGAGACGAGGUGCUGGUCAACUGGGACACAGGUGAUGUUGAGCUGAAACAUCGUGAGGCAUGGAUCAACACUUUCAAUCGUGUGAUCACUUACCUGCUGCGAUGCAACAGCGAUAUCACAUCUCUUUUAUCUGGAACACAAGUUCGUGCUGUCAUUGCAUAUGUCACCGAUUACAUCACGAAGGGAACGCUGACAACGCACGCAAUGUUUCAGACGAUUAAGACCGUCCUUGAUCGAAAUGUUGAGUUAGUGAAUAGCUCUGUUGCACGAGAGAGAAAUGCUCGCACGGUGUUAACUCGUAUUGUAAAUGCUUUGACCGCAUUGCAUGAGGCUCCGGGACCCAUGAUUUGUGCAUACUUGCUAGGACACUCUGAUCACUACACGCCUGAGACCUUCAAGGUGUUUCACUGGUAUUCCUUUGUGCGAGAAGCCGGUGAAACCGGGUACCAUGAACCGUUAGUCAGCUCCGGAGAAGGUGAAGGACUUCCCUCCAAGGUUGUUUUGACGCGUCAGGGCGAGCAAGUUGUGGGUUUCUCCCGAGUUUACGACUAUACUCGUAGACCUGAAAUUUAUAAUAAUUGGUGUCUGUACGAUUAUUUAAUAUGGACUCACCCACAAAAAUUAACACAGCGAGACCUCCGUAAUGAGGCUCAGCUAGACGAAAGUAUACACUCGCAAGGUAUAGCAAGCGUCGGUGACGAUGAUCAACUCGAGCCAUUAGAUGAUGAUACAGGUGACACUCACAGUGAUGACGAUGAGGAAGAUCAAGGAGAUGUGAUGCGCCCGGGUCCUCAACGCGUUAAUCAGUCCAAGUGCUUCAGACGAUUUUUACCCACCCAUCCAUUAGCAAAUACUCACGGCGUAUUCAAAGUCGCCUCGCCUUAUGUUCUUAACUUUGUGGGUGGAAUACUUCCUCGCAAGGACCAUGGAGAUCGGGAAUAUUAUUGUCAAGUGAUGCUGAUCUUGUUUUGCCCUGGAGGCUGGCGAUCCAGCCUGGACUUGAGACAUGACACAACUUCGUGGAGCCUGUUGUUUAAUGAGACAGAGUUUGCGACUGAGCAU